AUGGGUAUGAGUAAUAGCAUGGCGUGUGUUACUUGCAAGAUCUCUGAACCAACAUAUAUUUCUUAUAAAGAUGAAAUUUUAAAAAAAAUAAAAAACGAAAUAGACAACUACUUUAGUAAAAUAGUAAGGUCAGGGUGUAUACAAGUAAGUGAAAUUGUAAUAGGCAGGGAUAGACAAUAUUAUACUCAAAAUCUAUACAUGAUGAACUUUCAACGACUACAGUGCUUUUAG